AGUUCGAAUCGUCGAAUGUUGGUUCUUACUUCUUACCAUGUGGGUUGCUACUUUGCAUACUGAUUCCAGAAAAACGUGUUUCAUUACAAUACCCCAAAAAUGGGGUAUUAACUUUUCUAAGAUUAUUACAAUAAAAAUCCAGCAGUCCAAUAUUUCUGCACCUCCUGUAUAUGCUACUUGCAUAGGAGAAAAUGGACUUGCCGAGAACGAAGAUGUGGUUAUCGGUGCACAGUUUGCCAGAUUAAAUGGCCUGGUUCCUGAUUUGGAGACAGCCUUUGAAAUUUUUUCAAAAAAUGUGCCAAUAGCAUCUUCAGUCAUAGCUGAACCAUGUGUGGAAGAGGAUUGGGAACUACUGGAGCUGAACGUGGAUCAAAUUCAGUCUGAGCUCCUGAAUAAAGUUCGUGUUAUUUGGUCUGGAGCAAAAAUACCCAUAUGGCUUAGUGAUUUUGUAAGCCUUUCUGUAAAAAUAAUUGAACUUGAGCCUAAAGAACCUGUUGCACUACUUGCUGUAGACACUGAAGUCCAUGUCUGUCCACCUAAAGUUCAACCUCAUAUAGGUCCAGUAGUUGAUCAUCAGUUAUCUUCGCUAAAGUCUGUUCUGCUAAAUCUGCUGAAUCAACAUCUUCCCAAAACUCCUGAAAAAUUAAUUAGCACUGCCCUAGAACUCAGAAUACUCCCAGUUGAAGAAAAAGACACCUUUCUCAGAUUAGCUCUAGAAGACAAUCCUGAUAUUGUUAUGCAACCUUAUCAGGCAUUUCUGUCUAAGGUUCAUUGUGGCAUGUUUGACAAGAACCAGAACUACGUCGGCAGCAUUAAGAAUCAUGAGCGCACCUCCUAUUUUACUAUACAUUUCGUCGAGAGUAGUAAAAACUGGCCAAUCUAUUCAAAUGCCAUUUAUUUAUCGGAGGCUAUUAUUCGCCAGCUAAGUUUAAACGUGAAACAGCGUACUCAAAUGCUGGUUCAACUUGAUGAUCCUCUUAAUCGAUGCGAAGAUGUCAGCUUUUACACGUUUGUUGAGGACUACGAUUUAAAAGAACUUGAAAAAGAUGUCAAAAUGUGGUUACAGUCGGUUACGAAGGACAAAGUUAACCUUCUUCUCAAUCACGGACAGCACUUGGAUAUUCCUUGCCUAGUGAAGGGGAAAACAAAUCGCAUAUUUAUUGGAAUUGAAUCAAAAAGCCCAAACUCCAAAUUUUGCCGUAUCGAUGAAACUUCGUUGACCAAAAUUCUAGAGAAGCUGAAAGUUAAGCGUAUACGGUUAACGAAUGCGCCGCAGUAUUUACAGCUGCCGGAAACCGAUUUCCAUAUUCCCGUAAAACAUUCGAUACAACUCGGUGGGGUUAGCGGAAUACUCGAAGAAGCCAUGAAUUUCCUGAAAACUGGCCUUGGUCUCAUUGAUAACAAUGUGUGCUCUUCGUGCACGGGAUGCCGCCAUGGGAAUUUGCUUCUUACUGGUCCACGCGGGUCUGGAAGAACCAGUAUUGCACGUACUAUUUGCAAUCAACUAGAAAGUCAACCAUUUUAUGUUCACUCAGUUUUGAUAGAUUGCUCAUCAUUAAAAGGUAAGAGAGCAGAGACACUCCAACGUGAUUGGGAAAUAAUGUUUCGACAACUACUCGAUCGGGAACCCUCGAUCGUGGUGCUAGACGAUCUUGAUCUCUUAGUGAGUGCUCCACAAAACGAUCAAGAUGACACUUUAAGCGGAGAAGCGUGGUACUACAGAAGACUUGCCGCGCUGAUCUUAGAACUUGCUAAGAGCGCUCCUCUUCUGAAUCAAGUCAUGAUCAUUGCGACAGCUAUAAAUGGAAAAUCACUGCACCCGAAGCUUUACAACUAUGAAUCGAAUCAUUUCUUCACAUGCGAGUUGUCAAUCCCUCCUCUUACUAAAGACAUGCGAUUGGAGAUGGUGCGAAAAAUGUUGGAAACGGAUGGCUUGAAAAUCGAAGAUAAUAUUAACCUGAAUACUACAGUCUCCCGAAUGGAUGGAUACGUGGCCAUUGAUGUUCGUCACCUAAUAGAUAAAGCUACGCAUUUUGCUGCAUCUGAAGCAGGCUCUGUAAGCGAAACUGUGGUGAAAGCCAAGCAUUUGGAACUUGCCGUGGAAGACAACGUUCCUAUCGGAUUACAUGGCAUUGAUUUGAAGCCUUCGGUAGAUAACCGAAUCGCUUGGAGCGACGUCGGGGGUCUCACCCACGCGAAAAAAAUAAUAGUUGAAACUCUUAAAUGGCCUACCCAGUACCCAGAGUUGUUCGCCCAUUGUCCUAUCAGGCUACGAUCUGCCCUUCUUUUGUAUGGUGCACCUGGUACCGGUAAAACAAUGUUGGCUCGAGCUGUAGCUACUGAAUGUGAAGUCAACUUUAUCAGCAUCAAAGGACCAGAAUUACUUUCCAAAUAUAUCGGAGCUAGUGAAGAAGCUGUUCGUGAUACUUUCCGACGGGCCAGAAGUGCCAAGCCGUGUAUCCUGUUUUUUGACGAAUUCGACAGCCUUGCUCCGAGGCGGGGCCAUGACAGCACAGGUGUAACGGAUCGGGUUGUCAAUCAAUUGCUCACGGAAUUAGACGGGGUGGAGGGCCAAGAAGCAGGUUUAUGGGUGCUGGCGGCCACAUCGAGACCUGACUUGAUUGAUCCUGCCCUUCUCCGCCCCGGCCGUUUCGACGUCUCCGUCCGUUGCCCUCUGCCGGGCAAGGAUGAAAGGUUAGACAUCUUGAAGGCGCUCAGCUCCAAACUCCAUCUACCUGACGACGUCCGAUUGGAUGAAAUUGCGCUCGAGACGAAACAUUAUUCGGGCGCGGACCUGCAGGCGGUCCUCUAUACAGCCCAGUUAAAGGCCGUGCAUCAACUGACUCAAAGCGACAACAACAAACCGUCUCCAAUGCGUAUCACUCAUCAGCUGCUUAUGAACGCUCUACGGGAGACCCGGCCAUCGGUCACGGCUUCGGAGCGGCAGCGCUACGAUCGAAUUUACGAGAAUUUUGACGCUGGACGCAGUGGUACGACCGAUGAGCCGGGUCCCGCGCGGGUCACGCUGGCUUAAAAAAAAAAAAAAAAAAGAGGACGGCGGGCGAAGAAGGAGGAAGAAGGCAAUCUGCAUCAUUCUACGUGGAACGUCUUCGAGCGACGUGGAGCGACUUCACCUACAAGGUGCGCGGUUUGCAUGCCCUCAGAGCCUUGGCAUCUUCCCGUUUCAUCCGGAAAAUGUGGAUGGACUUGUACACUGUGGCCGCCUUUCAUCCGCACCGUUUUUCUUACACGCGCGUGUGUUAAUUUUCUUCUUUUGC